AGUACCAGUUACACACUAGGGGUUGAUGUAAUCGACUUAAUACCUAUGUCUGUCCUUGUUUGUCCCCUCUGUGUUUAGCCCCUUGUGGGUAAUAAAGAAAUAGGUAUUUUAGAAGCGAGAUGUGUCUGGUGCUGUUGUCUUCUUUUUCCAAUCAGGACUCAUGCCAUUAGCCACAAAGAAUAAUCUCUAAUUCGAGCCUACUCUAAACUACUAAGAAUGCGUGUGGCAACUUGAAGAUCCACCCACCACAGACUGUUAUAAAUACGACCAACUGACCAGCCAAAGGCGUCCGUUCCCUGCUUGCGAUCAUGACAGCCUGUUGCAGACGGUUUUGGGGCUGAACGAGAAACCAUGCCACUGGGUCAAACGAAAACUACUCUCCCUCACUCAUUUGUUCCACACUCACAUUCAUCUACUCAGACUUGAUUAAAUAGGCUGUAAAUGUCAUGACCACCACAUUUACAGAUAACCCUCCCUAUCACAUCUGUCACACACCUUUUCCUCAUUAGCAAUUUCACAAGGCUAUGUAGAUCGUCAACUAAUGCAUACAGUUAAAGUUAAAAUGAUAUGUUGAUUUUCAUCGAUUCGACGCGGUCUGUUUAUAAUUGUAAAUGCAACAAAAUAAAUCCUGUUUUUUGAAACUUCGCCUUUGAGUUACACACAUUUUUAACAGGAUAUACUCUACGAAAAUAAUCAUCAUCAGUUACGUCCGAUAACUCCAACCCGUCAAGACAGUGCCCCAGCAUGGCCGCAGUCCAAUGACUGAAUCAAGUAAGAGACAUUAAAAUAAAUGCGUGACUGAGCAAAUCGCUGAUUUUCAUUGAAAAGAGCGACAAACGUUUGUGAAUCAUGUGACAUUUGAACAUGACGGCAGAUAUGAAAGCUUCGGUUCUAAUAACCGUGCAACACUUCAAGGACGAAUUAUUUGAACAGCUUUUGAGUCACCUCAGAACUUCUUUUCAAGUAGUUUUCCAGGAUGACAUUGCACAGAAUCCAGGCUUAAAGGAAGACGUUAUUGGUAUCAUUUCAAUAGGCAUGCAUGCGAACAUUACAGACAAACUUUUAACAACUCUUCCUCGCGUGAGAGUAGUUUCAAGUUUUGGUGUAGGUGUUGACCAUAUCGAUCUAAAAUGUGCCAAAGAAAAAGGAAUACGAGUUGGAAACACUAGAUACAUUAAUUCCGACAGUACAGCAGAACUUGCCAUUACUUUAAUAUUAAUAUCGACCAGGAAAAUACUGACGGGUAUCAGCAUGGCAAUGGAAAAUGAAAAUCCAAACUUUGAUUGUCUGAGCUUACUUGGAACAAAUGUGAAGAACAAAACUCUUGGAAUUGUUGGUAUGGGAGAUAUUGGCUUCAAGAUUGCUCUAAGAGCAACCGUAUUCGGCAUGACAAUUCUUUAUCACAAUAGAAAACGAAGAAGCAAUGAAGAAGACCGAGUGAAAGCUACGUUUUACCCUCAUUUGCAAGAUAUGUUACCCGAAACGGAUGUUCUUGUGAUUGUUUGUCCGUGCACAGAACAAACGAUUAACUUGAUUAGUACAGAAGAAUUCCGGUUGAUGAAGAAAACCUCACUUUUGGUAAACAUUGGUCGAGGGAAGGUAGUUGACACCGAUGCCCUUGUGAAGCUCUUCAGUCAAAUGAAAUUCAAAGUGCUGCCUUGGAUGUCACCGAACCCGAACCCCUGCCGCGAGGACACCCAUUGUUAUCCAUGCCAAAUGUCAUCAUAACCCCUCACUGUGGAGCAACCACAUUUGAAACUCGCUUAGAAAUGCAUGAUUUAUUGAUAGAAAAUUUGAAAUGUGGUUUGGCUGGGAAAGCGAUGCCGUCUGAAGUAAUUUUGUAAAUGCUUAUAUCUAAUCAAGAAACAAAUAUUCUUAAAAUCAUUAAAAAAAUAACAACUGUAUCCCUGCAUUUCGUUUGUAACGAGGUCGAUCGCUCCCACCCACUGACUUUUCCUUAGAAAAUGUUAAUAUUUAUAACUAUGCAGUCUAGCUAAGAAAAUGGAUAUAUCGUUCUAAAAAUGGCUAAAUUAAUGUAGGUCAAACUUUGUUUACUUAAGGUUUCUAUGACAUAACAAUAUUAUGAGUCAAACAAGAAAUGCUUUCACUUUUGGCAGGACAAUAGGUUGUAUGGCCAGGGAGAACUUCUAGAUUGCCUUGCAGGUAUUUUCCGCUUUCUUCUAACCACAAAUGAACCUGAAAAUCUUCAAAAAAAAAAAAUGUUCUUUGAUAUAGUUUUGUAUGUUGACGAAUAGCGCAGUUAUUAUGUUGGAAAAUUUAU